CCGCCCACCAAUGGGAGCCCACCGUCGCCCCCCGAGCCCCACCCCGGAGCCCCUUUUCCGGCGUCUCCAUGGAAACGCGCGAGGAGGCGGGGCCGUUCCCACGGCGACCGAGGGGUGGAGCGAUCCGAUUGGUCCGCGCCGCCGGAAGGGAGGUGGGGCUGAAGGCGGAAGUGCGGCGCGCAGACCGGAAGUGCUGCACAUAAGCCGUGAAAGAACGGCCAUGGAAGCACCGGACCGCGGAAUCCUCGGGGACGGAACGGAGCUCUGAGGGCCCAACUCCUCUGCAAUGAACGCGGAGCGCAGCGCCCUGCCGGGCCCAGCAGGGCCUCAUCCAGCCUGGCCUUGAAAGCCUCCAGGGACGGGAGGCACCCGGCGCAGCGCCGGUCGCCCUCCGUACCGGCUUUAUUGCCUUCCAUUGACGCCUCGAUCUGCCCUUUUGAGCUCGAAACCCUGCCCUUUUCUUCUGUCGGCACAGAUCCCGACGAGGAGUCACCGCCUCCUGUCCCGCGGGACCCAAGGAGGGACGGAAGAGGAGUUCCGACCCUCCCGCCGUUUUCUCGGUCCUUCCCGGGCCGGGAGCUCCGCCUCCGAACGCCGGCGCUGAGGUAGAAGGGGAUGCGGAGCUCACCACCGGAAGUGCGGCUCUGAGACCGGAAGUGACGGGUGACACCGGAAGUGCCCGCGGGGGACGCUCGGAGCGGCGCGCUGAGGUCUCGCGAUCUUAUUGGUUGAGAUGGAAGACGGCGCUUCAGCCCCUGUCACUGCAGCCAAUCAGCAACGAGCAGUGCGAAGUCUAGCCAAUGAGGGAGGAGUGCGCAACGAGUCGGCCAAUGGAAGACCCACCGGCACAGAGACGGCCAAUGGGGUCACAGCGGCGAUGGCUGCGGUGUCCAAUCAGGUGUUAGCAGGGCUGGCGUCAGCCAAUGAGGAUGCUUGGGAUUGGCGGAGUGAGGGGGCGUGGCUCCGGGCGCCAUGUUGGGGUGGGGGCGAGGAUGUGUGGGUCACGUGGGACGGCAGCAGGGUGUCCACCAAUCAGUGCGGGAGUCCCCAAAAGUGGCACCCGGACCCCCGAAAUGCAGCGAAUGACCCCGAGAUCCCAGUGCAUGGCCCCAAAAACCCAACAAUCGGCCCCAAAAAUCCCACGGAAAUCCCAGAAAACGUAACCGAUGUCAACAAGAACCCAACUGAGCUCAGCAGCGACCCCAAAAACCCAACAAUCGACCCCAAAAUCCCCACGGAAAUCCCUGGAAAUGUAACCGAUGUCAAUAAGAACCCAAUGGAGCUCAACAGAGCCCCCAAAGCCCCCAUAAUCCACCCCAAAAACCCAACCCAAGACCCCAGGAACCCAACCGACAUCAACACGACCCCGACUGAAACCCACAAAGACCCCAAAAACGCAACAAUUGACCCCACAAACCGAAAUGUUGCCAAGCAGACCCCGACUGAAGACCCCAAGGCCCCCAAAAACCCAACGAUUGACCCCAAAAACCCACGAGAAGACCCCCAAAAUCCCAGGCAAGACCCCAAAACCCCAAAAGAAGACUCCCACCCCACCGCCGGCUGGUGGCUGAGCCCCGACUCCUCCUUCUCCAAGCUGAUUCUCCGCCGUGGCCGCGGUGUGGAGCGCCCUGGGUUGGGGUCUUGGUGCUGCGUUCUACUGGAGCCCCCCCAAACUGCUGGGAACGGCCGUUGGGAUCCCCAAAAUGAGACAAAUGACCCCGAAAAUCCAACGGAGGACCUCCGAAAACCGACUGAGGUCCGUAAGGAUCUCCGAAGCGCGACGGGAGGCCCCGAAAACCCAACGGUGGGCCCCAAAAAUGGAAGGAAAGACCCCAAAAAUUCGACUGAGGAGCUCCAGAAUUCGAAGGAAGACCCCAAAAAAGGCGAUUGAUGUCAACCAGAACCCAACGCAGGACCCCAAAAACUCAACAGAUGGCCCCAAAUGCUCAGCAGAGGACCCCGAUUGCCCCAUAGAUACCAAUGAGAACCCAGCUGGCAGCUACAAAAACCCCAAAAACUCGACGGAAGAACCACGAAUCCCAAGAAAUGACCCCCAAAACCUAAGAGAAGAUCCCAAAAUCCCAAAGGAAGACCCCAAAAUUCCAAGAAAAGGACCCCAAAACCCAACUGACAUCAAUCGAAACCCAACAGAAGACCCCGAAACCCGAAUGGAAGACCCCAAAAACCCAAUCAGCCUCAACCAAACCCCAACGGAAGACCCCAAAACCCCAAAGGAUGCCGAUCAAAAGGCAGAAGACCUCAAAAUCCGAAGAAAAGACCCCAAAAGCCAAACGG